CAAACAAAGGACUCCAAAAAACAUACUAGCUAAAAUCACAACAAUCGCCGGUGCCGAAAUCUCAUCAUCAACAAAUUACACUGUGUUAUGGACAAAGGUAAAGCAGUAAUGGGUAUGGGCCGUAGAUGGGCAGUGGACUUCACCGAUAGUUCCACUUCUCCUUCCUCCCGCGAUAUUCCUGAUCCCCUUGGCUUCGCUCGCGCUUCUCAAGAUCAGGAUGAUUCAACACUGAGUCGCGAAAAGAAGAAUGCGGAAGCUAAUUGGAAAAGCCAGAAAGCGUGGGAAGUGGCACAAGCACCUGCCAAGAAUUUGAUGAUGAUGGGUUUCAUGAUGUGGAUGGCCGGAAGCACAGUGCAUUUAUUUAGCAUUGGUAUCACAGUUUCAGCUCUAUGGCAACCUCUUAGUGCUCUUCAAGGAGUUGGGAAAGUUUUUGAGCCUUACAAGGACAGCAAAGUGGAUCUUCUUGCUCCAAAACUAUUAUUUAUUGCACUCAAUCUUGUGGGUUUAGGACUGGGCGUCUGGAAGCUUAACACUUUGGGUCUUCUUCCAACUCAUGCAUCGGAUUGGGUUUCAUCCUUGCCACCUGCCCAGGAGGUUGAGUAUUCCGGUGGAGGUUUCCUUUGAAUUAAGGUGCUGCUUAGCUAGCCCGAAUUUCUUGAGUUGGUCAACAUAGAAGUACUCUUCUUGAGGCAGGAGUUUGACAAUAUCUUGAUGUAGUUGAAGAUAAAAUCCGAGAUAUUUUUCGUCCAUUUUUUUCUACUUAUUUAGUCUUAUUGUCUCACAAACAGCAUGAUAUCUUCUCUAUUAUGCUCAUUCUCUGAAGCCUAUGUUUAUUGCAUCUGGAGUUAGCCAUGAUGUUCUUUUGCUGUAAUGUUUUCUAAGGAACCACUUUGUAUCGGUUAGAUAUGAAUAACUUUGUCAAUGACAGUUGAAAUUCCAAGAAUUCCCAUCAGUUUGGGACGCAUGUCAAA